CGUUUGCUCUCGCUCUCAGGCCGUUGCCUAGUGCUUCGUGCGUACCUCGACCCGGUGUCGCUUCCGUUCCUUCUUCUCCAAGGAUCUGUGCAUCCCAGCAAGCUAUCAAAGCACUUCUUUCAUUUCCCAAGCACCGGUUGUUCAUUUGUUUAGAAAGCAAGUCCUCGCCAGUCAAGAUGUUCUCCAAGUCUGUUCUGGUCGCCUUCCUUUACCUCUUCUUUGUCUCGUCGGCCUUCGCUGCGCCCGCGAACGAUUCCGGCGGUUCCGGUGGUAAAGGUUCGAACGGUCAAGCUGCCAAGGGCAAUGACGACACUGCUCAGUGUAGCACUGCCAUCCAAACAGUCACUGUGACCGCCGCGGCAGGCACUGCCAGCGCUGCCGUCACCGCCGCCGCCGCUAGCUCUGCGGCAGGAGGCAACGGCGCCGCCAACAAGGGUGGCAACAACGCUGGAAAUGGCGGUGCCGCCGGUAACGGUGCUGCUUCCGCGAGCGUCUCUUCCGCAGCUCCCGCGAGCACCUCCGCCGCUGCUGCCUCUAAUCCCCCGGCGGUUAGCAGCAAUAGUAGCGACCCUCAGACUUCGCUCACGCUUGAUCCCCGGGUCAUCGCCACGGGUUUCGAGAGUAACGGCCAGCAAACACCUACAGCCGGUCAAGUCGCCUCCCUCACGUCUAGCAACAACUUCAUCAACUACUGCUUGACCGUCCCCAACCUUCCCAUAACCAAUGGCCAGCAGAUCCAGACCGGCUCGUGUAACCCUGCGCCAAUAGGUGUGGUUGCCGCAACAACGAAUAUGCCCUCAGCCAAGUUUGUCUUCCCGACGAACUUGGCGACGCUCAAAGCCAAUACGUCGUUCACGGUUCAGAUGAACAUCAACAAUCUCGAUACGGGAAAUUUCGUGAACCCAGACACCAACUUCCUCGCGGCGCCGCAAGCGGUGAACACGCAGGGCGAUAUCAUAGGGCACUCGCACAUCGUCAUCGAGGCUAUCGAUUCGCUUACGAGCACAACGCCGACCAACCCAACCGCGUUCGCGUUCUUCGUAGGCCUCAACGCCCCCGCGGCGAAUGGGAUACUCACCGCCAAUGUCACCAGCGGUAUCCCUACAGGUACCUACCGUAUGGCGUCGAUCAACACCAACGCGAACCAUGCGCCAGUAAUCGUCGCAGUUGCACAGCACGGUUCGUUGGACGACCAAAUUUACUUCACCGUCACCGACGAUGGCCAGCCUGCCAGUGGCAACACCGUAGGCGGCGCCACAGCGGCAACAGCAUCUCCCGCUGCUACUGGUAGCACCGUAGGCGGCCCCACCGCUGCCUCAGCGUCUCCCGCUGCUGCUGGCGUAGGCGGUCCCACAGCCGCUUCACCGUCUCCUGCUGCUGCUGGCAAGGGUGCUGCAGGCAACAAGGGCGGUAACCAGAAGCAGAAGAGCAGGCGCAUACGCCGGCUCAGGCUCUAAACGCUGACUAUCCCUUCCCCGCUUCUGUUCCUCUCUUGCCACGCGUCUGUACAGUAGUCUUGCUUUGCCUCGACUGGUUAUGCUUUGAUAGCUUUUGAUACAAGACCUGGAGCUUGCAUGUAUUCGUCUUGGUUUUCAUCUUACACCCCACUUUCGUUUCAGCACCUUAGGUAACGCAUGCGUUCCUAGCUAGUUAGCAGAGCUAAAUUAAAUGCAGGAGAAUUUCC